ACUGGUUCCAAACUUCUGCCUUCUGUCCUUUCCUAGGCCUCAGUUUCUAGGCUAGUAGUUCCUACUUCUUGCCUACGGAAAGAAAUAAACUGAAUUCAGUUCACGUUCACACUGUUGGAAAAGCGAGGCUCUCUGCCAGCCACAGAGAAUCUCUCAAGGCCCCUCAAGAAAGCAUGAACAAAUUACAAGAUGCCAAGCCCAAACGUCCUGCUCAUGCCUUUCUCCUGUACCCACAAAGGCACCCAGCAGAAGAAAUUACCAUUCAAAAGAGAGAAUGACGAUGAUUCUUGAGUGGACUGUCUCCAAAACAUCCAGCUCUAAUCAAUUCGUAGAAAGCAAAACUGGCUCAUUUUGUCAAAAAUAUGCAGAAUCCGAUUCUCAGCCCCCCUCCUUUUCAAUAUGCUUCUCAGAUGUGCUGCUCAUGGAUGGUUUCUGGCCUCUGUUGAAACUUCUGUCACAUUGUGCCUGACAGCUCUAAAGCUAGCCUGAUCCUCGGAUUAUUCUCCAUCGUGACGUUUCUCGGGUUUCGUCGUUCCGGAUAAUCCAUGGACAGUGAAAGCGCAGAUUCAAUCGCGAACCGUCGAGUCUCUAGGAAAAGUUGACGAAGCCGAACUCUUCACGAAAAACUAUCGGGGCAUCUCACCUCGUUUUCUCUUGUGACUUAUGCACGACUUGAAAAGGAAAAAUUACUUGGUUUUUCGGCACACGAAUCAGGAGAACUACUCUAUUAAGUAAUCCUUAUUCCACUCCAAUGGUAUAAAAACUCGGCUGGAGUCCGGAGCUUUGCGAGCCUUACUUGCUCUGCACGUCGCCAUCUUUUUCUGCAAAACUCAAGUCUACCCUAUCAUCUUCUUUUUUCUUCUGUUCCCGACUGAACAUGAACCAGAACGAGAACUGGGAUAAACCUUGUUCCGAAAUAUGUCAGAAGAUAUUCUGUGCUAUUCGUCGAAUAGUUUCGGGUGGGCAAGCCGCCGAUUCUGCAGAGUCAGAGGCCGAUCCUUCCAUCUACAUUAAGCCAAAACCAGAGGGUGGCCGUCGAAUUACCUUGGUUCUUGAAAACGGCGAAGGGCACUCCUCGAUCUCUGGUUUUCCUGACAAUCGAGUGAUAGUCACCGCGCGAACGGAACCGGCGAAGACCCCAGGGCACCAGGGACCAGGACAAUCCGCCAAAAUAGCAGCCGCCGCCGAACCAGGAUUGCCAGCACGGGGUUCUCGGACGGAGAAAACCGGGCCAGGUUCGAAUACAGCCAGGAGGGACGGUGAGGUCACGAUAAAGCACGGGGAGAGAGCUGAUAAGCCCAAGUCGGAGAGCACUUAUCAAGAAAGCAAGGGAAGCGGGCAUGAUAUGGACCACAGGUUCUCGGACUACAUCAACAGAACCUUGCUCAAGAUCAGGUCGAAGUCCAAUGUCGGCGAAGGGAAGAAUCAUUCGCCCACGGAGGAUACCGGGCACGGUCGUCACGACCAUUUCGCGGAUUAUAUUAGCCGAGCCAAGAAGAAGCUCAGAACAACUUCAAGCAUCGGCGGCGGCGGCGGCGGGGGCGGGGGCGGGGGCGGGGGGAGGGGUUUCUUCUGGAAGUGAAGAGUGAAGAGACCCACCUGGAGGUAUGGUCAGGAAUGAAGGUUUUCAGCUCACAAAGGUGUCUGGUUCUUUGAUUUUGCAAAUGGCGGUCCUUGUCAGAAUCGACAUCUUUGGUUUGU